AUGACAUCUGACCAAGUGCAGUUCAGAAAUUUGUUAGUACGACUUCGCAAAUGUGACUCAAUAGCUGAUGACUGGAAGUUACUUCUGACACAUCAACCAUCAAAUGUCACUAAUUUAUGUGACUUUGAAGAUUCUACUAGAUUCUUUUAUAGUAAUGAACAAGUUGGCAAUUACAACCAUAAGCAGCUAACAAAACUUGAGCAUCCAGUUGCACAUAUUAAUGCUCGCCAUUCAUUAGCAUUGGCCAAAAAGAUAUCCCCAGAUGAUAUGUCUGGGUUAGAACCUGUUGUGUUUCUGUCAAAAGGUGCUAGGGUCAUAUGCAUGUUAACCAUUAAUUUGUGGUCAAGUGUUGGAAUCUGCAAUGGGGCUACUGGAACAGUUGUUGAUAUUAUCUAUCAGAACAACCUAACGUCCAUGCAGUAA